UCACAGCAGGGACCCUCCUACCAGAAAUAUAACCAACUUUUUAAAUAAAACAAAAACACGCUCGAAGCACCUUCACGGUGGUUUUAUGCAAAAUACAUGAAUGAUUCCACGUGGGUUUUCCUGCCAGAGAGCGUAACGGUAACAGGGGAGUUUAGUGAACGUCUUGAUUCCCUUCAGGUCGUAGUUUACUCGUCGGUGACUGAACUUAGCUAGCUAGGCUGGCUAACUCUGAACCUCUGCACCAGAAACACGUGUUAUUGGGAAAAUGAACGCAGAAACAUCUGGUUGGACCAUGGAGAACAUCCAGAGGCUGUUUGUAGAAAUGAAAAGCGGGAUCCCCAGGACCUACGCUACGUGCUCUUACGCGAAGGGACUGAAGCACGUAGACUGGAACAAGGUGGCGUUCGCUCCUUUCUCUGCGGAAGACUGCGAGCGAAAGUGGAGACUUCUUAUGAAGAAGAUGCGCAAACAGCGGUCCCUCGCAGAGCUCAUUGUUGAAGCUGAAGAUGUCCUGUCAGACCCUGUCCUGAACAGUAAGAUCCAUCCAGACUACCCAACUAGACCCCCCACUUCAUGUGUCUUGUUUUAUGAGGAGAACUGGGUCAGAAUUAAAGAACAGCACCCAGAGCUGAGUCACGCUGAGGUAGUGGCGGCAACGGGCAAGGCGUACAGAGAGCUCCCAGAUAGCAAAAAGGCUCUAUAUUUGAAGAAAUACCAGCUUGCUCACCACAAAUACAGGGAAAAGACAAAGGAGUUCAGGGAAACGCAUCUCAAGCUUUCAGAUAUUGUGGACACGAGUAAGCAGGUGACUGUAGAUGGUGAAGAUGCAGAAGGUCUGCCGCCCAGGCCUCCUAUAAAUGGCUAUAAGAUAUUCUGCAAAGAGCAACUGGGGUCCAUGGCUGGGGUCCCUAGUAGAGACUAUAUGAAGGUGUGGUCCCAACGUUGGCGGGACUUGACUAAGAGUCAGAAGAAAGAGUUCUCUGAACACUGCUCCGAGAUGAAGAAAACCUAUACAAUCAAGCUGCAUAAAUAUAUAAAGAACAUGGAUGAGGAGGAACAGGAGAGGAUCCUAACCGACAAUGCCAGGUACAUAUCUAAAGAGGUUGAUAUGAAAAGUGUCGAGUCCAAGGUGACAUCUCGCGGGCUUCACAAGAAGAAACGCCAAAAAGAGAAAGCACUAGGAGACAGUAGAGGAUAUUCAAAGGACCUGCAGAAGUGGUUUAAGACAUUGACGGCAGCAGACCAAGAGGAAUAUCAGGCAUCGAACCCAAAGAAAUGUCGAUACGUCAAUGUCAAAAGAUCGUCAGAUUCAGAAGAUGAAGACAUUGAGGACAGCAGCAGUGAUGAAGAAGAGGUCUAUCUAGACUGCAAUGAGGAUAUGGGGGAAGCAGAGGAGGGUGACAUCACGUUUGAUAUGUAUUAGAUGGUGAGAUGGACAGCAGAGAUCUCACCAACAAUCACAUUAAGUCCAGAGCCGGAUUCUGGAUUUGAUCAUAUUGACAGGGACCUCAGUGACAGACUUGGACCUGCAUAACUAAAUGAUGUAACUGUGGUUUACGUGGUGUGUAUUCCCAAAUUAAUUUGUACAUAUUAUGAGAGAGCAAAUCAGUUUUUUUAUAAUCUGCCAUAGCAAUCAUGUCAGUGUGUGGGGUUUCCUCCAGGUCAUGUGAGUGUGAAUGGUUAAUCGGCCCCUUUGAUGGAUGUGCAGCCUCUCCAGGCUGUACACCCCCCCCUCCUCGCCCAGUGUCAGUCAGGAUCGGCUCCAGCAACCCUACGACCUUUCAAGGACACACAGCAUAGAUAAUGUAUGGAUGCCAUAGAAAUGCUGUUUACGAGUGGAAAACAUGUGGACUCUAGAGGAGCCUGUAGUCCAUUUCCUCAGGGAUCCCAGGAUAAUGGAUCUAGCCCCUUUAAAGGAACAUAAUGUAUCUGUGAACAAAUGAAUUCCACUUGAUUGUAUCAUUAGUCAGCUUAUUUUCUAUAUCUGCUGUUAAAAUCAGAUAUAGAAAAUAUUCACCUGUCUGAAUAAUGGGAUUAUUGAAACGAAAUAUAUAAUGUAUGUAUAAAAAUGAAAAAUAUUUCAUCAUCAAACAUUAGUUAUUUAUGUGAAAAAGCCUUGCUCAUUGUGGUAUCUGUCAACAAAUGCAAAAAAAAAACCAUUUCCAAUAAACUUUUUUAUAUA